AUGCCGUUCUCACCCUCAUCCACCCUCAUCCAACCCUCCCACCCGGCUCUUCAAACCCUCUCUCCCUCUGAUCGCCAUCUGUUCUGCAAGUAUGCAUCCGGCCCGCAACAGUCUCCCGCCUUUCCCACCGUCCUUGCCGCCUUCGAACAAAUGGAAACCACUCACCCGCAUGCCCUCGCCGCAACUGAAGUCCUGGAAGACGGUCAACUCAGCGACGAUGCCAACAUCACAUACGCCCAGCUCAACGCACAAGCCAACAAGCUCGCCUUCCUCAUGCAAGAGCGAGGCGUCUCCAACGGCGAUGCUGUCUGCCUCUUUCUCAAGCGCAGCGUCCAAAUGAUCGUCGGCAUCAUCGCCUCACUCAAGGUGGGCGCUUGUUACGUGCCGCAGCACGUCGGCCUCGCCCCAGACACCCAGCUCUUGAACGUCGCUGAUGCAACGAGCGCCAAGGUCGUUCUCACUAUGGAUGAGCUCCAAGAAAAGCUGCCCGAAUUCCCUCCGCACGUCUCCGUCAUCCCCAUCGGCAGCGUCAUGCGUGACGCAAAACUGCCAACUGCAGAGCCCUCGCUGUCGCGCGCAGUGCGUCCCUCGGACCGGUGCUACAUCAUUUUCACCUCUGGCACAACCGGUGCCCCCAAGGGCGUGCAAGUCACGCACGCAAACGUCGCCAACGUCCUGCUCACCUCCCCCAUGGACCUGGGCAUGGCGCCCGGCGUGCGAGUUGGUCAGAUUCUCAGCAUCGCCUUCGACAUGGGGGCGUGGGAGAUUCUGGGGUGCUUGUCACACGGGGCCACGCUCAUGACACACGUUAAGACGGUGGCAGUCGCUGGCGAGCCUUGUCCGCGCGGGUUGGCAGCGACGUGGGGCAAGUUUGCGACGUUCUACAACUCGUGCGGCCCGACCGAGACGACGAUCGUCAACACGGCAAAACGCUUCGAUCCUGAGUCCACUGUGCUCACCAUCGGAAAGCCGACACCGAACAACACGGUAUACGUACUCGACCCUGAGACGCUGGAGCCGUGCAAGAUCGGGGAAGUUGGGGAGAUGUGGGCAGGCGGUGAAUGCGUUUCAGCGGGAUACCUGAACAAGCCGGGGCUGACAGCUGAGCGGUACCUUGUGGACCCUUUCAUAAACGGCGUGAAUUCGUUUAUGUACAAGACAGGAGACCUCGGUCGAUGGGACGCCAACGGGGAACUGGAGCACUACGGGCGCGUGGACGAUCAGGUCAAGGUGAAGGGCUUCCGUGUGGAGCUGGAUGGUGUAUCUGCGAUGGCCGAGACUGCACAUGGGGUGGAGAAGGCGGUGGUUCUGAAGAUCGGAACUGAGCUGGUAGCGUUCGUGACACCGGAGUACGCGAAGACAGAGGCUGUCAAGGAGGCAGUGGGCAUCAAGCUGCCGUACUACUGUGUGCCUUCCCGUGUUGUGGGAAUGGGAGCUCUGCCCAAGACCGGGAACGGGAAAGUAGACAAGCGGGCGUUGAAGGAAAUGGAUGCGAGAAAGGUGUUGCAGCCCAUGCUGACAAGGAGGUCGAGCUCGCGGGUCUCUCACGUCAGAAGUACUCUGCGAACACUUCGGGUAUUGUGA